CCCACAACUUCACUCUUCCAUCUACCUCUUCUCUUUCAGUCCCUCCACACCACUACUUUCUAUACUCGAUUAUGCUCACGCAACACUCAGAUUAAUUGGUCUUCAACAUAGGCCACUGUUCAUCCAUCAACAUCCCCAUCAUCAUCUCUUCACCAGGUUGAGUUCGACAUGGCCCAGUCUGUAUCCGGCCAGAAUGGCCUCGCUCCCACGCCAGCUCGUCGCUCAACGCGUCUUGCCUCGGUCGCACGUUCGGUUGCCUCCGUGGACCAGUCUGUUGCUGCUUCCACUACUCCAGGUCGUGCCAGUGUACGACGCAAGGGUCCGCUCCCUAAGCUCAAGGCAAACCAAUCAAGCGCAUACGGUGCGUCCGGUCGCCUUGGUGCCGCCGAGGCUUUGACCAUCAAUCAAACUGGAUUUGUACAGGCAUUUGAUGCUCAGCGCCAAACGGCCGUCGCACGUGAUGACGAUGAUGACGAUGACGACCAAUCCUCUAUUGGAGGUCAAUCUGCUACCAAGACUUCAAUUAUCGAGACCUUCGAGCGCGAUUCUCCAGCCGCUCCCAGUCCGUCACCUUCUAUAUCCGCAGUUCACUCUACCACUGGUCACAAUCUAGCUCGUCGCAAUCAAGUCUCAUCUUUUGCCAGCACAAGCCGCUAUGCAGCUGCCCCCUCGCAAGCUUCUCACGUAGAUGAAGGCUCCCCGACGCCGUCUGAGAUCGACAGGUCCAAGUCGUACCUCCACGAAGAGGUUAUGCUUCCCACCGGUACUACCGCAAACGGCUCCCUUCGAUCUUCUAUUCAUUACAGGGCCCCUUGGGUCGACCGGGACGUCACUCAUACCACUGGCUUCCGCCGUGAUGCUGAUAUCACACGUCCUUCACAUGGUCUUGGGCUCAAUGCACCUCCUAUCCGCCGCGGUGCAAACCUGGACAGUCCUCGCCAGCCUCCACAGGCGUCCCGGGCAACCCAACCGGAACGCGACGAUGAACCCGACAACAAGCCGCAGAGUACCUACAAUACCCUUGUCAAGCCCCGUCUCUGGGAUGCUUUGCUGAUCGCUGCAAUUCUCGCUGGUUCAGUCCUGCUUUCUCAGGUUAUGAAACAUUCAUCUUCUUCCAGCCCACAAUUCCUAGAUGCCUUUGGCUCCCGCAUCGCAUACACUUGGAACAGUGUCAUCCAUUGGAUCGAGCCACCGGCACCCGAAUCAAACGACCUCGACAUCGGCGACGGAAUAUACAACGCCUCGGAGGACGAAGACAUUGUCCUUGAUCCGGCCUCUCUGGGAAAAGUGUCCGAUAUUGACCGCUUCAUCAAGUUGGAACGUUCAGUUCAAGGCCUGUCGAGUUCAGUCAAAGGCCUGUCGAGCAAGUUGAGGACUUUCCUUCCACCUACCAUCAUUGUAACCCGCGACCGUCAAGGCUAUCUCGAAAUUCCUGACGAGUUCUGGAGAGCCAUUGUCACCAAACUUCAGACCAAAGGUCUGGAUAGCCCCACGCCCAAGGUGGAUGCUGCCUGGGACGAGUUCGAGGAGAAGAAUCGGAGGAUCAUCAACUAUCUCUUAAAGAAUCCUAUGGACAGAUGGACAGCACUUGGUCGUGAGGAGUUUCUUGAUCUGAUGGCGAAGAAGUACGCCGAUCAGGCGGAGCACGUCGAAAAGCGUAUGGAUAUGGCAUUUGCUGCCAUCAAGGCACUCGACAAAAAAAUCAAUUCCCCUCAAGAUGUUGGGCGACAGCGUGCCGACGUUGAAGAGAACCGUCAUCUAAGCCUCGCUCUCGCAGCCAUUGCGGAGAUAGACUUCCGCAAGAUCAAUUUCUUUUCGAUUGGAAAUGGCGCUCGCAUCAACCAAAGAGAGACGUCCCCGUCAUAUACUCCGUCUAGCGACAUAACCAUCGCCUCCAAGCUCGCCAGGAUCGUACUCCCCUCUUCUCACCGUCCACCCCCCGUCACCGCCCUGCAGCCAUGGUACGAGCCUGGCGACUGCUGGUGCGCCGCACCAGCCGAAGGCAGCUUGGGCCUAGCCCAGCUGUCCGUCUCUCUCGGCAAAAAGAUGCUGCCGCGCCAGGUAACCAUUGAACAUCUACCAAAACAAGCCUCAGUCGACAUAAAGUCGGCGCCAAAGGCGGUAGAGCUCUGGGUACCCGUGACCGUGGAUCAGGUUGAAGGAGCCCCCAACUGCGAAGCCGGACCAGACGGCUACGUGUGUCUGGGGUCCUUCACCUACGACAUCCACGGGCCCGUCCACGUACAGACCGUCAACCUCGACGCCGAAGUCACCGUCCCCGUCGACAAAGCCCUGGUCCGCGUGAAAAGCAACUGGGGCGCCGAACACACCUGUAUAUACCGCGUGCGCCUCCACGGUGACCUCGUCGACGGCAACGACGAUGUGGAAUAAAUAGAACCUGCCGCCCACACUCAACCCCACCGAGGGCAAGCAAGCACUUGCCCAACGAUUAUAUGUAUAUUAUAGAUACC